AUGAAGUUGGAAUAUAGGAUUCUUGAGAUAGCAGGAGAUAAACAAGAUUGUAAUUAUUACUUAUUUAGUUUUCAAGAUUUUUGUUUUAAAAAUAAUCUUACUCUCAACAUUGCUACUCAUCAAGUAGCAGUAUUCAAAGAUAAUGAUGAUUAUGCUGAUAUAGCUUAUAUUUGUGCUGAUUGUAAAAAGGAUUUUGAAAAUGAUAUUCUUUCUUAUUAUGAACUUUAUGGUAGACUAAAGAGAAAUAGGAAAGGCAGCUUUUGUAAUCUGUUAGAGAAUAAACCAAUACAAUCACUUUCUAUGGAAAAAAUAAUAUCUAGAACUUUUGGUUAUUGUUUGGAAAAGAAAACUAGAGAACUAGAGAAAGAAUUAUCCACCACCAAAGAAGAAUUAAAUAUUGAAAGAGAAGAAGUAGUUAAAUUUCAUGAGAAAUCUAAAGAAUGA